AUGGACAAGUCCCUUGCCGGCGAUACAGAUAUCUUUCAGAUCGACAGGUUUAUCAGUGAAACCUUUGAUAGCGGACUACUUAUUCUUGAUGAAAACGAGUUUGAGAAGGGUGAAUUCCUUGGAUCUGGGAGGUCUAUGUCCACAUACAAAGGGAAAUGGAAGUCCAGAUCGAGGCCCGUUGCUCUGAAGUAUAUCAACCUUUCUCCUCCAGUGGGAACGUCAUCUGCUGCUGCUCGUGGCACUGAACUUCAAAGUAUAUUAAGAUCUGCGGCAUUAGAGCUAAGAGUGCUCCAACAUGAGACCACUCGCAUCCAUCCAAAUAUAGUGGAAAUUUUGGCAGUCUCCUGGCAACAGAUCACUACGCUAACUGGUCAAUGUGAAAUAUAUCCUAUUCUGAUAAUGGAGCUUGCUUGUCCGGAUUAUCCUACCCUAGGAGAAUUGGCUAAGAAGGAGUUCCACAAUCUUUCACUGACCAUCAGACUUUCACUCCUCAGGGAUGUAUUUGAAGGCAUUGCUGUUCUGCAUGAACUUGACAUCGUCCAUGGAGACCUCAAACCUGACAAUGUUCUGAUAUUUCGUGAUGCAAGUGGAAAUCUAACCGCAAAGAUCUCCGACUUUGGAUUCUCCCAAGUUGAGUUACCGACUGGUAGCCCAAGCUUUGGAGCUGGAGGGACAGAAUACUGGAACGCCCCAGAAUGUUUGAGGGAUGCUCCCGAUCCCCUUGCGAUUUUCAGAAAGGAAAAGUCGCGGGACUUUUACUCCUAUGCCCUCUUGGCCGUUUCCAUUUUUCUAGGAGAGCCACCGUUUGACAAGCAAGGUUGGAAUCUUGCCGAAAUUUCGAGGAUGAAGUUGCAAGACGAGAUUAGUGGACAGUUUGCAUCGCGAUGGAGAUUUAUAGAGUCAAGAUUCAAGCAAGAUCCAACGCAGUGGCGUAAUCUGUCGGUUAACCGGGUGAAAAACGAUAAACAUGUCAUAUUCGCGGGGGGAGCUGCCUCCGUCAUGGGCAACCGUUCAACUCGGGCACACAGUCUUUGCAACCCCGCGAUUCCGCAUAAUUUACGGUUCGCGUUAUUUAAGAGUUUCCUAGUCUCGGCAAGGGAUCAGAAUCAAGCAAGGAGGACAAACGCUAUGGUAAACAUUGGCUAUUGCAUGAUAAAUGCGUUUGGGACACGGUUUGAUCUCCCUGAAGCUAUAGUUUGGUUUGGUAGAGCUGGCAUGGAAGGUGAUACAACGGGCCAGGAGAUGGUAUUCAGACUAGAAAGAGUUCUGAAGAAAAGCGCAACGGAGCUCGUCCUCGGACUGAAUAAUUCAACUCGAGUCAACUGGAUGGUGACGUGCCUUCUGCGAGAUCUUGGUGCUCCUCAACUUCCUAACAUUCUGCCGCCAGAAAUUCAUUUGGAGCGACCACAAGAUAAAUUGAAAGACAUUCUUCUAGGAUUCGAACCGGAACUGGUGGAGAGUGGCCUGAGGCGUGCCGUCGAUGACGCGAUUAUCAAAACUCUGGCGCUACAGAGCAAAGAUUAUAGUGAAGAUCCGGCUUGGAAGAGCUUCCCAGGGUUAUGGGAUGCAGUAGUCAGAGACGACCCUGCCGCUGUAAGUGAGCUCCUUGACGUCAACGAUCCCCGGUGGACUCCAAAUGUCAGGGAGACCUUCAUUCUCACCGCUUUGGAGCAAAGGGCUAUGAAUGUCCUACGAUCUCUUGUCUAUGAACACAAGUUCUACAUAGACAAAGUAUUUGAGAUAGCAUUAGGGAGAGCUUUUCUCAAAUCAGACACGGAAAUGAUUGCACUUCUACUAGCUCUUGAAGUUCCUUGGGACAUCAUGUUUAGCUCUAAUUCUCUGAACUCAGUACUCACUGGCUGCACGGUAACAACAAUUACGGUGGCGCUGAGGUUGUUCAGCUAUCUGAAAGUUGACGAUAGUACAGAAUAUUCUCCAUAUUGGGAUGAAGGAGUAUUACGCCGUGAGAUCAUGGAUGGCAUUCAGCCAGGCAUGUGUAGCCUUCCUAGCGAUGUUGGAACGGUUGACAACUAUGCACCACCUAUCUUCGAGACCAUUGUCUAUAAUAGGCCUCUCAACUUAUGGCUUAUUCUGUCUCUCGGUGGCAACCCGAAUGUCAGGUAUAUGGGAAUGACAGCGCUCCAUUUCGCCGUGAAGAUGCUUCGUCCGUUGCUUGUGGCAAUGCUUCUCGCUUUUGAUGCUGACCCAAAUACGAGAGACACCAGGCAUGAAUAUGAGACUCCUCUUCAUCAAAUAUCUCGCCAGCACAUGCGUCCGCUGAAUACCCCCAGGGAUACAUAUUUUCAGGCCCUUGAUGUCUUCGGUGACAAGUUUGUCCCUGCGCCUGAAUACCCAGACGAGGAUAACAAUCACAGGCGACUUAUCAUUCGCCUUCUUGUGGAAUACGGUGCUGACCUCAAUGCACUAUGCGCCGAGGGUAUGACACCACUCACCAAAGCUGUCCUUUCACAAUUACCACACGCGCCUAUUAUCGCAAAAUAUUUGAUUGAGUUGGGUGCAGACUCCUCAAUUGCAGGAGCAUCUGGCUUCUCUUCAUUGCAUGCUGCCAGCACAAAAGGCAGUUUACAGCUUUUAAGAUAUAUUUUAUACUUGCCAGGCCGCUCUAUGUUGAAUCUACGCUCAAAAAAUGGGACGACGCCUCUAAUGGCAGCAUCAACUGACGAUGACCGAGCACGUCAUCUUAUUGAGCUAUUGGAGGCUGGAGCGGACAUAGGUCUUCGAAAUAAUAGCGGCCACAAUGCCCUCUCCAUAGCGAUGAAGCACUCCCGAAAGAUUAUUUUUGACAUUCUGAUUACGCAUAUCACACAGGUUCCGCCCCGUCUGCGGGAGGCAGUUUUUGUGAAUGCAGUCUCUGGUAUUACGGCCGCUCACGAUGCGUUUGCCUCCAAGGACCAAGAAAUGAUACCACACUUUCUACGUCGAAUGAUACCCAUUAUGACGCAUUUUCACCGGCCAAACAAAUCUGGCCUUACACCGCUACACCUUGCUGUGCUUAAGAAGCAUACAGCAGCCCUGAGACUUCUACUGGAUAACGGGGCCAAUGUAGAUGCAAAAACUGACAAAGGAAUGAACCCCCUGGAUCUUGCACGCGGACUUCGUGAGCGUACCUUCGUUAAUAUACUUCUUCGUUGGAAAGGAGAGAGUCAAAUGAGAAACGAACCUCCUUUGGCGCCAGAACAGUUCCAAUCAUUAUCCGCGGCUUCUGCUCAAUACGCCGAUGAAGUAGCAAGCAUGCACGGUGAAGGGAAUGGUUCCACGUCUCAGAGCGCAGAAACUGAUUUGCAAGCUGCACGUUACAAGCAGAAGCUCAUGAACGAUAGUCAAUAUAUACCCAACGAUCGAUUCACUCGGGAUACUGCUGACCCGUCGAAAGGAAUUACCAAGAUAGAGGAGGUCCACUCGAAGAUGCUGGAAAUAUCCGUAUCGAGAAAGGGAGAGCAGGACUAUACUUCGCUAUGGAGGAUGAACAAUUUAGGAUGCGUGUACGAGCGGUUUGGUAGAUUAUUUAACGCCGAGACCAUAUACAGAAAGGGUUGGAAUAUAUCUCUUGAGGUUCUCGGGAACAAUCAUAUUCUUACGGCGGAUUUUGCUAACAAACUAGUCCGAGUCUUGGAGGACCUGGGUCGGCCUGAGGACCCAGUGUUGACCGAAUGGAUAUCCUGGUAUGGGAAGGAUACGUUGGAGCCACCACUCUUUCAAUUGCGGUUUCAACCGGGCAAUGCAUAUAGCAGUUCUACUUCAUCCACUCGGCCAGAAGUUGAGGAGACUUGCGCGCGCCUGGAGUGCAACAACUCCAGUCGGCUUACAUGCCAAAGUGAGAGAUCCACCAAUUCCUCCGAAGGGUACAGCAUAAAAUAA